AUCUUCCAUUUCUCGUGUUUACUGCUUCUGCCCAGCAGGCUGAAACGUUCUGCUGGCUUUCAAGCACCUGGCCAAGGGCGCAGAAGUACGCCCCGUUAUCUGCCUCGUGCCUGACCGGCCAUUCCCGACCUGGUCUCGUGGCACCUUUUCGCUUAAAGCCGCAGCCCUGGCUAACUUAGGGACGCUAGUCAGGUUAAGCCUAUCUAGAUUUAGGGGAUAUUACCCGGCGGGAAAAGCAGCUGGGCGGAAGACUAGUGAGGCUGUGCCCCUAAUCGCUCCGAUGGAAACAUCAAUAUUCAAGCCUCCAUUGAAACCUCUUUAUAGCACAUUGGCAACCUGAGGCUUCAACUCUUCUGUCUACAGCUAUGACCAGACAUGACUUCGGACAAUAACAACAGUAUCUCGGAGGACUCCCUCACAGACAAUCAGUCACUUUCACCGUGGGACUUUGCUUCUGACUCCAGUAUUAUUGUCCCAGGCGAUCACCGAAAACAACAGAAGACUCGCAAACUGACGCCAAACUUGACGCGCCGCUCCCACAAGAAGUCUCGAGGCGGCUGCAUCAGCUGCAAAGGACGCAAGAUAAAGUGCAAUGAAGAGAAGCCCGUAUGUCAGAGCUGUUCCGUUAAGGGUCUCACUUGUAUAUACCCUACGGAGCAGCCUACGCGGAAAUCCAGUCUCCCACUAUUGCGGCGCAACCCAGCUACGGCGCCCUCAUUUCCCCAGGCCACCUUCUCGAUACUGGACAUGCGAUUCUUCCACCAUUUCCUAACUAUCGCAUAUCCUCAUUUACCCGUCGACAACGACCAGGUAUGGGUUCACGACAUACCCCAAUUUGCCGAACAGCACGAGUAUCUCAUGCACGCCAUUCUCUCUCUUGGGGCGUCCCACCUCAGUCGCCUUACGGGCGUCGACUACCGCAAAGAGUCCUUAGUCCACCGUGGACAUGCGAUCGCUGGCCUCAAUCACGCUCUAAGCCAAACAGCCCGAACGUACGGCGAAUCCGAUGCGAUGCUUGCAUCAUGCUACGCACUGACCUUCCAAGCAUCGUACAUGGGCGACGGAUUGUCAGACUUUAUCACCAUGAUUCGCGGCUGCGCCCUGACGACAGAGAAGAUCCACCAGGAACAAGCGCUCACCGCGUUCAAUCUUCAACCAGACACCCACAUCAAUUUCAUGGCAUCACGCUUGCAACACCUUCCACGAGUUGACCCCAGACUACUGGAAGACGCAUACAUUGCGCUUGAGGAGAUAAGACCAUACCUAGCGGAUGACACCCAUCUCGAUUUCCACGACGCCCUCUUCGACGUUAUCGUCUCUUUGCAGACCAGUCCAGCAUCGGGUUAUCUACGCUUCAUUGAUUUGUAUGGAGUGUGGUACGAGCUCUGCAACGAGGCUUUCGGGACCUUCUUAGAUGGGAACAAUCUCGUUUCGCAGUUGCUGCUCGCUUACUUUGUAGGCAUUCAGCUAUUGAUGGUGCCACUUGCAACGCAAGAGUCAUCAAACCGAGCAGACGUUUCAAGGGUGCGCGUUCUGUACGGAAUAAUAGAGUGGGCAGAGAACAUCUUCGAGCGCCUCGAAACAUCAGACCUUGAAGCUCACUUGACAUGGCCGCGCACAAUCGUUGCGACAGCCGUGGCUGAAAUCAAUGGGGAGGUACUGCAGCUACCACCAGUGCUUCAGCUGCACUGGUCAAGCAGAGACAUCACCCCGCAAACAACUAUCCUCGAUCCUCCCUGGGCGGAGAUCGCAGUAUCCUAAAAUCCAGGCAAUACAUAGCCCAAGAGGGAGACAAAGAACAUGACUGAUGCGCUUCGGAACGCAGACGCGACGCAACACAAGGGAAUCCUGCUUUUGGCGAAUCUCACCUCCUGACUAUGUCUCGAUAGCCAAUCUGCAACAGUAACGAUAUCAUGACCGCACAUGGCCCUAUCGCCUUAUGAGUGCCUGCACACCACGAAACUAGCGGCUUCAUGUCACUAGGUAUUCUUUUUAUGGUCUCUCAUAGCCAUUUCUGCACACGCGCCCUCCAACGACUU